AUGAGUCGCCAUGUUGCGAGGGUAGCUGGAGUAACGACGUCUACCAUACUGAGAGCCCAGAGCGCCACCACGGCCUCACAUCACGUACUUCAACCGGCACUAUUCUCUUCCCCACGAGCGCAUUUGUACUCGCAAACCAGGAUCGCUCGCAUUGCUACGAGCGGUCUACACCACCUUCGGAAUGUUUCAAUCAAGGAAAUCGCUUGCGGGCGCUCGGCGAUACCGACAGCGAUAGCGAGCAGAAAUGCGCUCCAGCCAUAUGCAUUGCUCGUAGGACGAAGAUCUGUGCUACAUGACCAGCCACUAUUAUGGCGCAUCGCUCCGCAGCAUAGGUUCAUAAGUGGAUUCAAGAGCGACCUAGCAAAGCGGGCCCGGAGAGCAGGAAAAGCAGGCGCAGAGAGUAGUCAAGGCCGCAAUCUCCUGGACCGGCUCCCACACAUCCACCGCCCGACGAAAGAGGAGCUCUUAGCGGCAGCAACAGGCUUCUGGCACCGUCUACAGAUCCGCUUCAAAUGGUUCUCAAUUCGCAGUGUACGACCCUUCAAUAGUGAUGAGAUAGGCGCCUUUUUGUCCUGGAUAUUCUGGGGUCACGUCAUUUGGAUUGUCAUCGGAACGACCACUUUCGUCUCGCUGGCGAUAUGGGCGAUCAAUACCGUGUUUGCGCAGGAAACGCUGGCAGGCUGGGUGGGUAACUACCUGACCCGCUCGUCCGGUUUGAAAAUCGUCUUCGAGAGCGCUAUCGUACCGACGUGGAGAGACGGCGUCAUCACCUUUAGUAAUGUGUUCGUCUCGAGACGGCCAAGUAAUGACAGCAAAAAGCAACGAUCUGUCAGCAAAGGCUCUUCCAUCACAGCGGCGGCCGCCGCAGCUGAAGCUGCUCUUGCUGAGAAAGACCGGGAGCCGAGCAGUGACAGUGUGGAUGAUGGCAACUAUACGCAAUUCGAUGUCACCAUUGAUACAGUUAACGUGACUUUGUCCUUCACAAAAUGGUUCAACGGCAAAGGCUUGCUAAGUAAUGUAGCCAUCAAAGGCGUCCGCGGCGUCGUCGAUCGUAGCCAUGUGCGUCCGACUGGCGAAGUCCGCGAGCCGAAGAGUUACCGCCAUACUCAUAAAACGGGCGACUUCGAAAUCGACAACUUCAAGAUGGAGGAUCUACUGCUUACCAUCUAUCAACCCCGGAACUUCCGACCGUUCACACUGAGCGUCUUCAACUGCGAACUUCCGCGGUUGAGGAAGCAGUGGUUGUUCUACGACUUUCUGUCCGCAAACAACAUGAGUGGGUCUUUCGAUGACUCGCUCUUCACCAUUCAUCCGAGACAGAUCCAUGGAGUCACCGGCGUCCCACUCAUCGACGGCAAGGAGCAAAGCGACGCGGCGCAAUUCAAGAAGCACAGCCGCCUCCGCAUCGAUGGGCUGAAUGUCGAUCACCUCAAUCGAGGCGUCGAAGGACCUUUCUCGUGGAUCUAUGAGGGUAACGUCGAUAUCGUCGCGGACAUUAUGAUUCCCAACGAUGAUGACGGCGGGAUUGCGAAGGUAAUGUCUGGCUUGUAUGAGAGGAUGGAGGCGACGGACGCCACACAAACCCAGCCAUCCCCAACAGCGCCAUCGCAAGAUCCACAAGACGACCGCUUCCUAAUCCUAGACCUAACCGUCCACCUCAACGACGUUCGCGCCUCCGUGCCGCUCUUCAACAACAACCUCUCCUACGUUAACAACGCCCUCGUCCGGCCUAUAGUAGCCUACAUCAACUCCCGCCACACCUUCAUCCCCAUCUCUUGCCGCAUUGUCAAGCGUCAGUCGGAAUUCGACGGGAGUUGGACGGUUCAUGAUAGUGGGUUGUUGCAUGAUCUGAGUAGGGAGACGUAUGAGGCGUUUGUGAAGGAUAUUAAGGAUCAGCGGCGGCAAAGGAGGAGGAUUAAGAAGGUCGGGGUUUGGGGGUUGCAGAUUGUGGCGCAGGCGCUGUUCUUGGGGUUGGCGGGGCAGCUGGCUUGA